AGGAGGGAGAGACCCUCGCCCGGCCCUCCUCCGGCUUCAACUCUGGGUCCCAUGCUCCCCAGCCGCCCCGUGUCCAGGGAGAGCCCGAGUGGGGGGAGGGGAGGGUCGGCCUUGCGGAGACCCAGCAGGAGAGGAGAGAAGCCUGGCGAGGAGGCAGGAUUCGCACCAGGCUCCCUGUCUCCGGAGGGGGAGAGAGGCGGGGCGGCCUCUCCAGCUGCCUCCUUCCCGGCCCUCUGCUGGGCUGAGCCUCUUGGGGCUCCGGGGAGGUUGAGUGAAGGUUGUUCAGUGGCUGAAUUCAAUUUCUAAUUCUUGGUAUUUAUUUUUCUUUCCAUCUCAGAUACACAAAGUCGAAACCAUUUGAAAUUUUUGCAAGGCAAACUUUUCUCUUGGGGGAAGAAGAAUAAAGAGCGGAAUCCCUUGGAGGGCUCAGUCCUGCAGCCCCAGAAAUGGUCCCGUGAAGGAAAAGGCAUCUGGAGACCCACCAGAGUCCUUGGAGCCAUUUGCAGUUGCUCUGCAGGACAGAGAAAGGAUGGAGACACAACCUUUUGGAAAGGAGGGAAGCGGAAAAGGCCCUUCAGCUGCUCAGCCUGGGAAGGGGGGGAAGCUCUGGACGAGGACUGGGCAGCAGAUCCUGGAGGAGGAAACCAUCCUCCCUUCACAAGUUCAGCCCUGGAACUUCACCCAAUACUGGGAGGCUGAGGGUCCCCGAGGACUUUGCAGCCGACUCCAUGAUUUUAGUAGGCGAUGGCUGAGACCCGAAAAGCACACCAAAGCCCAGAUGCUGGACCUGGUGGUUCUGGAGCAGCUCCUGUUCCUUCUGCCCCCAGAGAUGGAGGGCUGGGUGCGGGAGUGUGGAGCAGAGACCAGCUCCCAGGCGGUGGCCCUGGCGGAAGGCUUCCUCCUGAGCCAGGCAGAGGAGCAGAAGGAGCAGGUUGAGUUGCAGGGCUGUACUGUGGAGAUCAGAGAUCCUGAGAGAAAGAAGAAUCCAUCAAAUUCCCCUCAGGACCUAUUUUUCAGGAGGAUCCCUUGGGAAGAUCAAAGUCAGGACACCUCGGGAGAGAAACAAAGCAUGAAGUUUUCAGGUUUUUACGAUGGAGCACAAACUGUGAUUGAACCUCCAAAUCAAGAGAGUCUUGUGUCCUUCGAGGAGGUGGCUGUGUAUUUCUCUGAGGAGGAAUGGUCUCAGCUGGAUCCUGACCAAAAAGCGCUGCAUUCGGAAGUCAUGCUUGAAAACCAUAGGAACGUGGUCUCUCUGGGUAAUAAUGGGCAGGAGGAUCAAGAUUCCUGUGAACUGUUCCAAGUGACCAAUGCUAAAGAUGAAACAGAGAAGUUUGGAUUUCGAAUGGAAUUCGAAAGCCAUGAGAGAAGCCAGUCAAAUAAUUGGAAUCAGGAUAGCUCAUAUUCCACUGAUGCUCCAAUUCAAGACUUUCUUGCCCAACAAGAGAAAAAAUAUAUUGGGAAAAGUGUAAACGAAGACUAUUUAACCCAAAACAAAGGAAAAGAUGCUAUAAGAUACAAUGGACAAAAUUACAAUGGGACAUUCAUUUAUUCUCUUGGAAAUAACUUCUUUACAUCUGAAAAAGUGAUUCACACAAAAAAGAAACCUUAUGAAUGUUUGGAAUCUGGAAAACAUUUUGGAAUAAGCUGGCAACUUACUUCCCACGAAAGGAUUCACACCGGGGAGAAACUGUGUUCAGAAUCCCCUUUAGCUCAUGCAGCCCAAUCCCUCCAAGCAGCAGGAGAGAAACCCUAUAAAUGCAUGGAGUGUGGAAAGACCUUUGCUCAACGCAGGUAUCUUGCUUCCCAUAAGAUUAUUCACUCAGAAGAGAAACCAUUUAAAUGCAUGGAGUGUGGAAAGACCUUUGCUCAAAGAGGUAAUCUUGCUUACCAUAAGAUGAUCCACUCAGAAGAGAAACCAUUUAAAUGCAUGGAGUGUGGAAAGACCUUUGCUCAUAGAAGUACACUUAAUUCCCAUAAAAUGAUCCACACAGGGGAGAAGCCAUUUAAAUGCAUGGAGUGUGGAAAGACCUUUGCUAAAAGAUGUAAUCUUUCUUACCAUAAGAUGAUCCACUCUGAAGAGAAACCAUUUAAAUGCAUGGAGUGUGGAAAGACCUUUGCUCAUAGAAGUACACUUAAUUCCCAUAAGAUGAUCCACACAGGGGAGAAGCCAUACAAAUGCAUGGAGUGUGGAAAGACCUUUUCUCGAAGAAGUAGUCUUAUUUCCCAUAAUAUGAUCCACACAGGGGAGAAGCCCUAUAAAUGCAUGGAGUGUGGAAAGAUGUUUACUCAGAGUAGUACUCUUACUUCUCAUAAGAUGAUCCACACAGGGAAGAAACCAUUUAAAUGCAUGGAGUGCGGAAACAGGUUUGCUCAGAGCGGUGGACUAGCUAACCACAGAAAGAUCCACACAGGGGAAAAGCCAUUUAAAUGCAUGCAGCGUGGAAAGACUUGCUCAAUGCCACUAUCUUGCUUCCCAUAAAAUGAUCCACACAAGAGAAGCCGUAUAAAUGCAUGGAGUGUGGAAAGAUGGAAGCCAUAGACCUGAGCGAAUCUGUGGAGUGGAAAUAUCAGAGCGUGCUCCGCAACCAGAUCUUGGAGCGGCUGCCUGAGAAAUUCAACAAGCUGAACUUGGGCACCCUGGGUCAUUCACACCAGGCGGAAGACCCAUAAGGAGCCAACUUUGACAAUAUUCCAAGUGCGGUCUUGCAAGGCAUUGUAAAGCUGUAUUAACACUUCAUGUGGUCUUGAUUCUAUCCCUCUUAAUGCAAGCUAUGAUUGAGUUGGGUUUUUUGGCAACUGCUGACUCGUGUUUAAGUGAUUGUCCAUUAGGCCUCCAAGAUCCCCAUUGCACUUUCUACUGUUGAGCCAGGUAUCACCUAUUUUAUGCCUAUGUAUUUAGUUUUUUUUUCCUAAAUAAAGAACCUUACAUUUCUCAAA